UCGGAAAGGUCAUCUUGGGGUAUCAGGGAAGUUACUGAAAUAUCACAAAGCCCCAGAAUCGAUCACACAAAUGGGGCGCGAUAUUUCGAAAAGGAAACGGAGCGCUGAGGGAUCCCAAAUGAAAGACAGUGUGUCCCAUUGGGGCUGUGGGGCACGGUUUAUGGGUAUCCUCGGUGUUUUGACAGUCAUUUUAGUGGUGGCCGUUGUUCAUGUGGCAACAAGUGACGAGCACAAAACGUAUUUUGAUGAACUUGUAAGUACUGGAGGCGCCAUACGUUCAGCGCGCAGUGUAAACUCUGUAUCCAACGAGGAAUCAGUGGAAAUUUGCCGUAGUAAAGAAUGCAAAAAAGUAGCCAAGUAUAUAAACGCGUCCAUGGAUUACUCCAAAGAUCCCUGUGUAGAUUUCUUUGAUUAUGUUUGUGGAGGCUGGAUCAAAGCAAAUCCUAUUCCCCGCAGCUCGUCCACCUAUUCCACGUUUGCCAAACUGAAUGGUCGCGUUGAACGCAAUAUAAGACAUAUCUUGGAAAAGGGCAUCACAUCUGCGAGCAAAAAAUUAUUCCAAUUGCCGAAGCAUUUCUUCGAGUCGUGCAUGGAUUUGAAAACUAUUGACAGCUUGGGGGAUAAGCCAAUUCGUGAUCUGAUAAACAACAUCGGCUCUUGGAGCAUCGAUGUCAAGUCAAGAUGGAAUGAAAAGGAUUGGGAUUUGGAAAAAACUUUGUUAUUUAUUCACAAAAGCUACACAUCCGCCGGCGGGCCCUUGUUUUCUGUUCAUAUUAGUGAUGAUCCUAUAAACAACACCAGGCACAUAAUUGAGAUAGAUCAGGCCGGACCCAGUCUCUCUAGAGAGGUGUACUUCGACAGUCCAAAGAUUAUGAAGGCGUACAAGCAGUUCAUCACGACAGUCGGAAAACUGCUCGGUGGUGAUGACCAGAUGGAGAAAAGAGCUGAAGAGAUCGUGGCCUUUGAAAAGAAACUGGCAAAGAUAAGUGUCCCCGAUGCAGACAAGACUGACACGUGGUUCAACCGAAUGACUAUUGGUAAACUGAAAAAAGAAGCACCUGGGUAUCCCUGGAUGAAACAUCUAUCUUCCAUCUUUUCCAACGAAACGCUGAAAGAUAGUGAAGAGAUAAUAGUUCCAGCGUUGCCUUAUCUUCAGAAUAUGACAAAAGUUAUCAAAGAGACUCCUAAGAGAAUCCUAGCGAACUACAUCGUUUGGAAUGUCAUUCAAGACGAAGUCUCUUUCCUUUCCAAGCCCUAUCGCAAGGCCCGAACGCAGUAUAGAGAGAGGGUCCUGGGUUCCAAGGGUCAAAAGAAGAGAUGGAAGACGUGCGUGACUUUUACGAACGAGCUCUUGGGAGACAUUCUAGGAUCCGCUUACGUGGAGCACCAUUUCAGUAACAGCAGCAAAAAGAUGGCAGAGGAUAUGAUUGUGGAGGUGCGCAAUGCUUUCAAAGAUAACGUUAACGCAAUCCCGUGGAUGGACAACAACACAAAAAUGGUGGUCAUGGAAAAGGCAGAUGCAAUGCAUGAUGAGGUCGGUUUUCCGCGCUAUUUAGUUGAACAGGAAAAGUUUAAGAAGAGAUUCAAGAAGUACGACCACGUAGAAAUAAAGAGUGACAGUCUUUUCAAGAAUAGAAUCGCGAUUUUAAAAAUGGCGCACCAAAGGAUGCUUAAGAAACUAAGAAAGCCCGUUGAUAAAGAAGAGUGGCCGAUGGACCCACAAACGAUUAACGCAAUGUACAGUUUUAACGAAAAUGAAAUAAUUAUUCCAGCCGGAAUUCUCCAACCUCCAUUCUUUUACGCCAAGGGGAGUCCAAGAUCGUUGAGUUUUGGAGCUAUUGGAUCAAUUCUUGGUCAUGAAUUGACUCACGGAUUCGACAACACAGGUCGAAAAUUCAAUAAGAAUGGCGAGCUAACUGCUCAGUGGUGGUCUCAAGACUCGCUCGAUGGAUUCAAUGCUAAGGCAAAAUGUGUGGAAAACCAGUAUUCUAUGUACAAAGUCAGAGAUAAAUAUCCAAUUAACGGAAAGCUUACUCUUGGCGAAAACAUUGCUGAUAACGGAGGGUUUAAAGCGUCGUUCAUGGCCUACAAGAACUGGUUGCGCAAAAAUGGCCAAGAAGCUUGGCGAUUACCGGGCAUAAAUUUCACAAGUGAACAGCUAUUCUUCAUAGGAUUUGGUCAGGCUUAUUGUAGUAAUAGCCGUCCAACGGAACAGUACCUGGCGACAUUAAGUGACAGGCACUCGGAGGAAAAAUUCAGAGUUAUCGGAACGCUGUCUAACUCAUACGACUUUGCCAAAGCGUUUAAAUGUAAACCCAAUCAGCCUAUGAAUCCCACAAGCAAAUGUGCCGUGUGGUGUAAAGACGAAUUGGAACUUUAGGGUGUGACUGGUUACAAAGCACCUACGCGGGAACUUUCGGGUAUGGCUGGCUCGAUGUAUCCCACAUGGCCUCUUUGUGCCUAUGCUGGCCGUGGAUGCGAGAUGAUAGCUUCUAAAAGGAAUGGAGUUACUUUUAUUGUUUGUAGUUUAUACUGCAUCGUCUUUGACAGCUAGUUUAACAUCCUGCCUCUAAAUCAUUUCUCUUUCCUAAGCUUGUUGCCAUUUUAUUUCUGUAUUAUCGAUCAUCAUGGAUCUAUGUCAGUUUGUAAAAUAAUAAUGAUGAUAAUCGGACUGCUGUAAAUUUAUUUCAUAAAAUGGAAAAAUGAAUCAAAUUGAAUAUCAACAAAAGCUUACCAAUUUCCUAGCUAUUAGUAAGGUCCAGUAAAAAGUUAUUCUGUUCACUACCAAUUUUCAGGCUGCUUUUGGCUCGGAGGAAAGUCUUUCCAACAUCGGCGGCGGUGGAAAACUUUCCAAAAUAGAGGCUGACUGAUUACAAAGAACUUAAUGGAACUGAAAAACAUUCCAUUUUUCAAACGCAAUCAGACAGUGUCUAUCUCUACAGAACCGGAACACAUUUUAAGUAGAUAAUCUGAGGCUGAAUAGUUGACAAAAAAAUCGUGCACUGCGCCGAUUUGCGUGCGGUGAAUUAUUUCAUCUGAUUUUCACAACAAAAUGUAAAAGACAUAUUAAAAAGAAGGAGGAAAAUACUGAUGAGAUAUUGAAAGUUACAGGGUUUAUAAACUGCAGGUUUAUUCAAAUCCACAACUAUUUAUAGUCGAUUUAUGAAUUUUCAGUCGACUCUGAGCAGAUCCAGGCAAAUCUAUCUUCGUCUUCCUCUCGCCAUAGUAUAAGACUAUGAAAGCAAAAAAAUGACAAUAAUUGUAGAAAAUUUCUUGGUUAGUAACAAAAGGCAUUUAUGCAAGUCUAGUCUAGAAAAAGAAUUUCAGUUUUGUUUUGUUUUGUUCGAGCAAAUGACAUGAACGGCUGAUUCAUUUAAAAUACAGGAUAAAAUGAGUACUCUUUAUCCUUCUUUGAAUAAAUUGGCGAGAACAAGAAGAUAUAAAGUCAAUUUUCCAUCUCUUGGCCGGUAAGUGAUUAAUUUCUCAUCGAAAUGCGCGUCCACAGCGGACUCGCUCUCGAUAAACUAUCCAUGGACGGCCGAAAAAAAAAGAAGAAGCCAGCCAGCUUUC